AUGUCCUUAAAAUUGCACUUUCUUUUAUAUCCAAAAAAGAUAAAAAAUCUUUUCUUAUUUCCAAAGUUCAUGGUAUGUAAUCCACAGAACAAUGAUCAACUUAUUUCCGACGGUGACGCACAAUUGAUCCGAAAUGCAAGUGUCAUCGAUGCUUUUAUACCGGCCGAAUGCAAUUUUUGUGCAUCAGGAGCUCUCUUUCUUUCACUUGACGAUAUUGCAACAAUUUGA